UUCAACCUUUUGGUUGGUUGGUUUACUUUGUGUGGAUCGGUCUCUUACCUCAAACUUCCUGUUCCUGCUAAUGGCUUAUAUUGUUCUCUCAAUCUGAUUCAACUCUCUUUCUCUCAAUAUUCACAUCAUAUAAGUUUCAACCUUUUGCCUUGAAUUGUUUAUAUCAUACCGGGAAGAAGGUCGAAGUUUGUCCGUUUCAACUUUCAAGUAAUUGGUUUCUUUUUUUGAGGUCACUUGAGUUGGUUGUACAAUGACUACCAGGGGAGUUUCAUCUUCUGACUGGCAUAACCUCUCCACAAGUGUUACCACAGCCUUGGCUUCAGCUUUCCUCGAAUGGUUGCUGAUCUUUUUCCUGUUUAUUGAUGCCAUAUUCUCUUAUGUUAUUACAAAGUUUGCUGGUUAUUGCAAAUUACAAACACCAUGCUUGUUCUGCUCAAGGCUUGAUCAUGUGUUAGGCAAGGAGAAAAGAGGAUACUAUUGGGACUUGAUUUGUGGUGGCCAUAAGUCGGAGAUUUCUUCUUUAGUUCUUUGUCGUGCACAUGAUAAGCUUGCAAAUGUUCAAAGAAUGUGUGAAAGUUGCCUCUUCUCUUUUGCUACCAUCAAUAAAUCCAAUGCUGAAACUUACCAAUUAUUGGAGGGUAAAUUAGGGGAGGAAUCUGAAGCCAGAUUUGAUCAGGUUCCAUUGCUUGGCGAGCAUGUGAUUGAUGAAAAACACUGUUCUUGUUGUGAUAAGCAAUGGGUUUUAAAUGGUUAUGAUCAAAGGUUGGUAUUCACCAAGUCAACUGGGUCUGAUGCUGCUGAUUUUGAUGUAUCAGAUCUUGUUGGAAACAAUUUUCGUAAGAAAAGGAGAGCAAAACCAUUUGUAUCAGCCGGAGCUGCACACCUGAGAAAUAAUCAGGUGGAUCCUUUGUCUCAUGUAGGCUACACAGAACUCAAGAUUACUUCAGAUACUGAGUCCGAAUCUGAAAUUCCCUUAUCUGAUGAUAAUGAUAGUAUAAGCAUACCAAUUCGUGGAACGGACGAUACCAAGGAAGAUAUAAAAGUUCCAUGUGAACAGCCUUGCACCAUUGAUUUACCUGAGGAUUUGGUUUCAGGGAAGCAUAGGUCUUCAGCUUCUAUACUUGAGCAAUCACCACCUGAGUCAGAAAUGCAAUUAGAAAAGACAGAUAUUCAUGGUACUAAAUCUGCAGCAGCAACAAUGGAAAGUGGGAAUGGUUUGGGGAAACCUGAUUGGCAGCAGGUUGAAAGAAAUUCUGUAUGUCCUUCAUCAAGUGAGCCUAUUUCCUUUUAUGAUGUCCCUACAUUAUCAAAUAAGAUGGGAGUCCCUGUUGAAGUAUCAAGUGAAAACUAUGAUGAAGUGAGGCUGACAUCUGAGCAAAGACCCACCAUGGACUGUGUGGAAAACAUUAAGUCAGGCAAUAAGCUGACAACAUCUGAAGCAGGUUUAGAACCAACCUCUGUUUAUAGUGAUAUUGGUCAGCAAAAUCCCAUUUUACUGGAUCUUGGCGAUGCUUAUAAACUAGCUAUCAGCAACAGAGGAAGACAGCUGUCUGGUAAGCUUGCGGAACAUUGGCUUGGGAAAGAUUCUACAAAAAUUAGUGAAGAUUUGAAGAUGUUGUUGUCACAAUUUUCUGCCUCUCGAGGGACUGAUCUGUCUGUUAAUGACAUGAGUCCUAGGUUUUCUGUAAAUAGUGAUGAGGUGAAGACUUCUGAUGUUUCUAACUCUGCUGGAAUGCAGAUCCUUCAAAAAAUGAUUUCGCUUGAGCGAAAUGAGUCUGGUUUGUCUCUUGAUGGAAGCAUUGUCAGUGAAAUUGAAGGUGAAAGCUCGGUUGACAGGCUAAAAAGACAAGUUGAACAUGACAGGAAACUUAUGAGUGCUUUGUACAAAGAAUUGGAGGAAGAAAGAAAUGCUUCUGCAGUUGCUGCAAAUCAAGCAUUAGCCAUGAUCACUAGGCUGCAGGAAGAAAAGGCAGCAUUACAUAUGGAAGCCUUGCAGUACUUAAGAAUGAUGGAUGAGCAGUCAGAGUAUGAAACAGAAGCUUUGCAAAAAGCGAACUACCUUCUUGCUGAGAAGGAGAAAGAGAUAGAAGACUUGGAAGCAAAGCUUGGGUUUUAUAGGAAGAAAUUACCUGAUGAAUCAGUGCAAGAGAACAUGGUGUACACAAACUCUAAAAUGAAGGUGAAAGAUAUUGGAUUGGAUCAUUCAGAGUGUAUUUUUAUUGAAAAUGAUGAAAGCGGCGUUGGAAAGUCACUUACAGAAAUUCCUAAUAUCCCUGACAAAGUCGAAGUUCUACUCACAUCUUUGGAGGAAAAGAAUGUUAAAAGUUCAACAUUGGAGUUUCAAGAUGAAAGGCUAUAUAUUUCCCAACGUUUGAAGAAGUUGGAGAAGCAAGUUUACUUUUUCCUUAAUAUUCAUCAAUCUCAAGACAAUUGGCUAAAUUAUGAAUAUGCUGAAAAGGAAUCCCCAAAAAACUGUGAAAAGCUAGACAAUAAUUUUCUAAUGCAAGAUUCUGUUUCUUCACUUAAAUUAAAUUCAGAUGUCAUGGGUGAUGAUCCCUCAUCCAAGAAGACCCCAAUUUGCCAGCAAAAAGGGGAACUUGGGUACAAUAGACAUAGCUUCCCUGUGCUCCGUGGAAAUAAUGAUUUAGUUUCUGUUGGAAGUUUGAUUUCAGAUUUUAUUAGAAGGUUGCAAGUUCUUGAGGAAGACCAAAGUUUCCUUGAGCAUGCUAUCAACUUACUGAGCAAUAGAGACGAAGGGCUUAAAUUAUUGCAGGAAAUAGCUGAUCACCUGCAACAAUUACGUAGGAUUGGGAUAAGAGAAAUAGAUCAACCUGUUGCUUGAAGCUGUAUAUAAGAUUCAUAUACCAAUGCUCAGCGACCAGGAGGAAGGUACAUUGUACAAUACUGAACCAGGUUACCGAGACUGGUUGCAAGUGCAACUGUACAGUAACAAUAGCUUGCUAUCAAAUUAUAUGGUAUGGAGAGUUUUUUCCCCACUUUCUCCUUUGCCUUUUUAUUUGGGGUUAGUUUGAUUGGACAUUUUGCUGCAUUGAAUUGGUAAGGUUUUCAUCUGGCCAUUUGAAAUGUCAUUUUGCAAUUUUUCUUUUUCCGUUUUUGCAUUGUAAAAUACUAAACAAGCAAUGACUGAUUGCUUGUUUAAUUGGUUUCGGAGUGAGUGUUUUGGAAACAAAGUGAACUAACAUUAGUAUGUUAUACUGAUUCUGUGAAAAAAAAAUUAUAUGGACGUUAUUUGCUCCAGUUGUUUGUAUAAAUAUUGCCCCAAUGGCAUGGAUAUGU